AUGUCAGCAGAUGAAGCAAACAACGGUGCUGCUGCAGUGCAGCAAGAGCAGCAGCAGCUGCUGCAGCAGCAGCAGCAGGACGCCGGUAUCCCUCAACUCCCCGGUGAAGGGCAGGGCCUUUCUGAUGGAUUGCAUGCAGGGGGUUUGGCUGAGGGUUAUGAUAACAGGUCUUACGAAGAGCAGCAGCAGCAGCAGCAGCAGCAGCAGGAUGAGCAGCAGCAGCAGGAGCAGCAGCAGCAGCAGCAAGCAGAAGCACAGCCACAGACAACCAUGACGGAGGAAGAAAGAACAGCUAGAAAAAUAUUCGUAGGGGGUCUUAACAGAAACACAACAGCUGAUUCGCUGCGCCAAUACUUUUCUACUUUUGGCCCCGUACAUCAUACGGAGGUUCUCUUCGACAAGCUUACAGGCCGAAGUCGAGGGUUUGGGUUUGUUACGUUUGAAGAUAUUGAGACGAUUAAUAAUGUGGUGGAUAGACACCACACCAUUGAUGAUAGUCAAGUAGAGGUGCGUAGAGCAAUACCGAGAGAAGAAGCACGGACAGCACAGCCGCGCAGAGAACGCGAGACGACUGAAAAUUCGGGUCGGGUGUUUAUCGGUGGUUUAGGAGAUGAUGUUACAGACGAGGUUUUAAAAGAGUUCUUCUCUCGCUUCGGGGAGCUGACCUCAGCGAGUGUUAUGGUUGAUAGAGAAACAAAUAGACCCAGAGGCUUUGGGUUUAUCAUCUAUAAAAACCCUGAAGAUGCGGAGAAGGCUCUCGGCAUUCAUAAGGACCUGGGCCCCAACGCAGAGGCAAAGAGAGCUCAGCCUCGCAGCCAAACAUCACGCAUGCGCAUGUUUGGUGUUGGAGGGUAUCCUAUGAGCGGCCCCUACAGAUAUGAAGACCCGAGGUUUGCUGUCGCAAGAUCAGGAUAUGGUGGUGCUGGAGGCCCUCAGAUGUACGGGGGUUAUAACUACGCUUACCAUCCUUACUACGCUGCCUAUUAUGCUCAGAUGGCUGCUGCUUACGGAGGAGGAGGAAGCUACGGAUACACCCAAAGCCCUGGCGAAGGAUUAGAUAGGGCUGGGGGUCGGCUGCAUCCUCCUUCUCGUUCAACACCUUAUUAA